CGGUUUGUUGAUGAGUAUCCGUACCUGCUUACUCAAGCUUCCACUUGCAGGAGACAGCCGUCCCUACUUGCCCGGGCGUCCCUACCGUUGCUACCGUCGAAAGCCGAUCAUUCCGUGUUCUUCCACCAGUUGCUGGCAUCCCUUUAAACGUAGUCCCGUCCUUCUCUUUGAUUUGCUCCCAUUGUUUACUUGUUCCGGGUUUGCGCCAUCAAACAUACCUGACUUGUUUGGCAAACAAAAAACACCAAUUCGAGAUUUACAUAAACAUCCCCGACUUCGGAUUCCACCAGACUACGACAUAGCCGUGUACUACUUGACUUGGCGCCGAACGGACAUCGACUAUCGGGAACCAUAGCGGUGGAUCAAGACAAGACUAUUAGUGAAACCAGACCGAGGUUCCGGUAGCGACGCACGACACACGCGGUAGACGGACGGACGGACGGACGGCCGGCCUGGGACGGGGACAAAUCGAGGUUUCCAGGUCCACAUACACCGAUAUGCCUUUGCGCGGGCCCCUUCGUAGGCCUGCGCUUGCGCUUCCUCCUUCUGCGCUUCUCUCCUCCAACAAUGCCAUCACAAAAACACCCCUUAGAAUAUCACCAUUACCACGCUCGGUAGUGGUACGGCAGCGUAGAGGACAUGCGACACAUUUGCCGGUACCAGACACACGGCCAAAGACGGCCAUCUUCUUUCCAGGCCAAGGCGUCCAAAGAGUCGGCAUGCUCACCCCCUGGCUAGAAGCCUUUCCCUCGACAACUUCCGAAAUCAUCGACGAAAUCGACUCGGUAGUGGGCUACAAGCUCUCGGACGUGAUACAAAAUGGGCCCGGCAAGGACCUCAACCUGUCGCCCAACGCACAACCAGCCAUCAUGGCCACCUCGAUAAUGAUCAUCCGCAUCCUCGAAAAGCACUUCAACUUUAGAGUCGAAGACAACGCCCACUUUACUCUCGGUCACUCUCUUGGCGAAUUCGCUGCGCUUGUCGCAGGCGGCUAUAUCCAUUUCCAAGAUAGUCUGCGUAUGGUGCACAAGCGAGCGGAAGCCUUUUCCAAUGCCACCCGGCAGGCCGAGGAGAUGUACGGCGGAGAGUACGGCAUGGUAGCACUCGUCAGUAGCAAGGCCGAGCACCUGCCACCUUUAUGUGCCGCAAUCCGCGAGUUUGUCGGCUACGACAGCGCCGGCCCGAAAGUCGAGAGCGCCGACGACUGGAGCCCAAUCGACCAGGUGCUUAUUGCCAACGUCAACAGCAAGACCCAAAUUGUGCUUAGCGGAAGCAUUGAGCGCAUCAAGACACUAGUGGCCCAUGUGCGUCAGUUCCUGGGACACGACCCACGCGCGGUCAGGCUCAAGAGCGACAGCCCGUUUCACAGUCCCAUCAUGAAGCCGGCCGUCGGGGUGCUGCAGCAGAUGAUGGCGGGAAACAGCAUGGUCAAGGGAAGGGAGAAUGAGGAUAUUGUCACGUUUCCCGGCAAGGUUACGUGCAUUAGCAAUGUGACGGCCAGGCCCUUUGAAAGUAGGGAGCAGCUAAAGGACCUUCUGGCUCGGCAGGCGGUCGAGACGGUACAGUGGUGGGACAGCAUCAAGUAUCUGGAUCAGUCCAUGAAGGUCAGGAGAUGGGUCGGUAUCGGGCCGGGGUACGUGGGCCGGAACUUGGUGGGUAAGGAGGUUGGCAUGCGCGGGAAGGAUGUCAUUAAGGGCGCCGGUGUCUGGGCAAUUACCGAUCCGAAGGAGAUUGAGGAGGUACUCAGGGGGCUAGAGGAGACGGACUUUUACGAGGACGACGAGUGGCAAGAUGCAUGGGAUAGGUGGGACUGAGCAAGUGAAGUUGUGUGUCCAGGCAUUUUCAGCGUUGGGCAUUUAUGGAAAAGGGCUGUCAUUUUGGAAAACCUGGGAAAAUCAUCGUCACCCUUUUUUUCGAGCAUCGGCGUAGCUUUGGGUUGGAUACGGGGAAGUUAAAGGAGUGUUUGGCCAGCGGGGGAGGAGAGGAGCACUGCGCCCGGCGUUGUGGAUAGGUUUACCGUUUCUUCGGGCAGACACUGGAAGCUGUAUAUUGUAUCUGUUGUCAUAGCCAACUAGAACGAAUCAUUGGGGAAAAUGAAAGGUUCUCGCAUCUACCGG